AUGGUCAUCCCCAGCUUCUGCACCACGUUCCUGGGCUCCUGCGUCCUCGUCCUGGCCGUCUGUCGCUCUGCGGCGGGAGGAGCCUCAUGGACCUACACAGGUGACCACGGCCAGGAACAUUGGCCAGAUUCCUUCCCCGACUGUGGUGGAACUUCUCAAUCUCCAAUCAACCUUAAGACAUGGAAUGCGGUCCAUGACGGUUCCUUACCCCCUAUACAGCCAGUCGGAUACAGAACUCCUGAUGACUCCACCUUCACCCUCGCCAAUAAUGGUCACACAGUCAAGCUCUCCUUGCCGUCAUCAAUGCGCCUCAUCGGCCUUCCGAACAAUUACACGGCCGCACAGCUCCAUUUGCAUUGGGGGAGUGAGGAACAUCCAGGAGGCGCUGAGCACUACAUCGAUGAUCAAGAAUACCCAGCAGAGCUGCACAUCGUCCAUUAUAACUCCGAUGCCGGCAAAAUAAAUGACGUCAAAGACAAGCCGAAUGGACUGGCGGUCCUGGGGAUCCUUAUCGCGACCGGGCCCAGGUCCAACCCAGGCUUUGCCAACAUCAUCAACCAUCUGGGGAGAGUCAGCUACGCAGAACAGAGUGUUCCCAUUCCAUCCUUUAACAUUGAAGACCUGCUGCCUAGCAAUCUGGACCGGUAUUUUCGCUACAGCGGCUCCCUGACCACACCACCCUGCUCCCAGAGCGUCGUCUGGACCGUUUUCUCCAACCCCGUCCAGAUCUCCGAGUCUCAGAUGGAAACACUGCGCACCACACUUCACUCUACUCCAAUGAACCGACCCCCGGCAGUCCUAGAAAAUAACGUCCGGCACAUUCAACCAGUGAAUUACAGAACCGUAUACGUCUCCUUCGUGAUGGAGAAAGGACUCUCUGCAGGUAAGUUCCUUCUCUUUUUUAUCACAUCCUCCAUGUAG